AUGUCACGACUUGCGGGUUGCAUGGAGCCAUGGACCUUGAGGGACUCCAGCACCAUCUCCAACAAGCUUACAUCACCAAUUCACACCGAACACAAAAUAUUUCAUGCCAAGCUAGCAACAGACCUCUGCGGGUUUGCCUUGCCUUUGACCCUCUAUUUGCAACACAACGCUGCCUGUACCGCCACUUCAGACUCACCAUCACCAAGCUCUCUCAAGUUUCAACGCUACUCUCAUGGGUUGAGCGUUGAAGACCAAGCUGAGACUACAUCAUAUUACGCUGCCUGGUGGUCAGAGCCCGGUAUAGGUCUCGGAUCAGCACAUCAGGCGACACAGAUCCAGUUAAUAAACGGCGCUGCGUCCAAAGUCAUUUUCUCCCAAUCCAUGGUCGAAGGGGAGAUCACUGCUGAUACAGACAGAUACAAGCCUACCCAAGAGCACUACCUCGGAGCAGACAACCAUGUUCCCUGUAUGGUUGUCUCCGGCGGACUCCAGAAGCACUCAACUGCUGAGAGACCAAAGAACCAAGCGACCCCCCCGGGGGGAGGGGUGGAAAUGUCACGCCGUCUGAACCUUUCACUUACCAAGUUCGCCGAAGUCGGCAACCUUGCCGGCUUCUCUGGGAUCCAGAGUCAUAUUGAUGGUCUCCUCCUCUUUGCCCAAAAUCGAAUGGAGCUAUGUGGUUACUUCACACAAACAAACCCUGUUUCCACCGAAAAAGUCACUGGUGUCAUCCAUGCCCGCGGAUCGAAGUCGUGCAGACAAGACAAUAGCGAGGCCUCCAUAACCCAACUGGAAGCUCAGGGUGAGAUGACUUCAGUGGCAAAUGAAUCAAGCGCCAGUGCAUGGACAGACGGGAAUGCCCUCCAAAGAAGCAGCCCGGGACAGGCAGAGGACCGCUUCCCCCGAUCCCAGCCGAUCCCAGCCCGCUCGCCGUUGACUGGGCUUCUAUGUCUACGUGGGCUUGAGUCACUUGGCUACCUGAUGCCAGACAAGUCGCGGCCGCCCAGUCAGGAGACGAGCAAUACGAAGCUGCAGAACAACGCCAUGGAAAGUCAUCAGGCUUCCUUUAUGCCCACUACCCCCCUUGGCCCCCGGGUGAAGGAUAGGAACAUCAGUCAUACAAAUCAGAUGCUCGAUUUCGUUAUCCAUGAGCGGAGGAGGUACCCCGAGUUCAUUCUGUCAAAUCCCCACAUCGACCACAUCGACCACCUCGCCAAACCAGCUGCAAGCUGCAUGUUUAAUGAGAAAGUCAUGCAAGCUGCUGCACUCAUGCGUCACUCGUCGUUCGAGAAGACACAGCCGGAGAUAAGGUCGAGAGCCACGAUCAUCACCCCGCGGAUCAACAAGAUGCGCAAUCGGAACAAGCCCUUACCUCGAGACUCUGGUCUUUUCCAAGGCGGUGAUAGCUUCUUCGUCCUGGAGACGCCCUGUUGUCGCGCCGGAUGCCUGGAGAGACUCAACAGCCCCAUCAGGGCACGGCGCUCGUCCAGCCCUAUCCUGCGAGCUGCCUGUUUUGCAGUCUACGGAACCCACGGAGACCAACCCAAUAGGCUGGGCUCAUAUGCAUCGCUCCUCGCAAAAGAGAAGAGAGAGGCGUGUGCGGUGGACGGGAGGGCAGAGGAAGAGGAGGCCCGCAUUGUCGGCCGCCGGGUCCUCCGCUGUGACCUUUUCCAUUAUCAAUCGCUUGCGCCCGCUCGUCGGACUCGAGCUUUUGCGAUAAGACGGUCCCAGCCGGCCGAUCAGCAAACAAGUCAAGAGCCUGGUUUGGUCCCUCGUCCCGAAUGGGGCGAGCGGGUUAGAGCCAAUAGCUGUGUGCUCUUUAAGUGUCCGAAGAUGCCAUAUGUUUCCCUGUCGACGCCUCUGCUGCCCAGAAACCGGGCCGAAGCCGGCCCUGACAAGAAGGAUUUGGUGUCCGGGGGUGUGCCUCGUCUCAAGUUGCAACUCACACACGCCCACCCGUACAUGGCAGCAUGCACGCUGCAGACCGCAGGAUAA